GCUAUUUGUGAAACAAUCUUGACUUAGUUCUAAUGUGCGAUAUCGUGUGCUAUGUCUUCACAUACCUAUUCAUUGCUUCCAGCAAGCGGCGAUAACAUUCGCCUGCUUCGAUUAUUACCAAGUGAAGACGAGGCUGCGCCUUUACAUUGCGAGCUUCGAGAUUAUUCUCUACAAAGAUCAACUCCACGAACUCACUUGUAUGAGGCUCUAUCUUAUGUAUGGGGUGAUCCGCACAACACUCUACCUAUCUCUGUAAAUGAAAAACAGUUUCAAGUGACGGUGAACCUACAUGAUGCUCUUUUACGUCUUCGAGAUCACUCCUUCGAACGAAUUCUAUGGGUAGAUGCUAUCUGUAUCGAUCAAUAUAACCACGAAGAGAGAAACCAUCAAGUUCAGAUUAUGGCUAAAAUUUAUAGCAGCGCACAUCGUGUUAUAGUUUGGCUUGGUGAAGAAAAAGUAGAGGUAAAGGGAGCACUUGAGGAUAUACAGCUUGCUGCCAAUGAAGGGCCAAAAAAUCUCCCGAAGAAAGAGUUAAAGCAACAACGCAUACUAAAGCUUCUUCGAAAUCCAUGGUUCCAACGUAUCUGGGUGCUUCAGGAGGUUGCCGCAGCGCGACAUAUCAUAAUUGUGUGCGGCUCCACAACUAUUGACGGAUAUGCAUUCUGCUUGGGGGUAAAAUCUCUGAAACUCUUCUAUACAAAUUCUUCGGGACUGGAGACUCUUCUUUCAGUUAUUGACAUAAUAGAGCGCGCUGGUCUCCGACCUAAAUUUAAAGCAAAUUUGUCAGAAAGGUUCUCACUGCAGAUAAGACCUUUAGCUGAAUUGAUAGAUAUGUUCUACACCCGUCAAGCCACUGAUAUCCGUGAUAAGUUGUUUGCUCUGCUUGGUAUGAGCUCUGAUGAUCCGGGAAAAGCCGGCUUGCAGCCCAAUUAUGAGGCUUCGUGGGAAGAGGUUUUCCAGCAACUUGUCAAGUUCGUUCUCGGUAAAGAUAUAUCCUUCAGGGCUUCUAGUCAAACACCGAGGAUUAAAUGUAGGGGUAUUGUUGUUGGCCAGAUAUACUCGGUAAGGAUGAACAGUAGACAGCGUGUGAUUUUCACAUCUAAAUUCGGAGAUCGAGAAUUAGGCGGCACGAGGGAAUGGACCCUACCAGCUUCGGCGAAGCCCAUCCGCGAGCGCGACAUUAUUUGUCUUAUAUAUGGAGCUUCAACCCCUUCGAUAAUUAGGCUAUGUAAAGAUCACUUUUCCAUGAUUGUGAUUGCGGUAACUCCUUUAAACGGGCUGAUCCGUCAUGAAUGGCCUCAAUUUUCACGAUCAAAGACACAGUUCUUGCGCGAUUUUGAACUUGUCUGGGACUGGGAAAGUUCCUCUGGAGAUAUGCGAGAUGAAGGAGAAUAUAAGACUUUAAUAGAGACAUUUAGUCAAGCAUCAGUGUUUUCAAAAGUAGAGCCCGGAGGAUAUUUAGAGAAAGUGACUAAAUUGUGGAACGAUAUAGCGAUAUUGGAUGACUUGGUUGAAGUCAAAGAAGCAGAUGAGAGAUUCAUAGCAGCACAAGACGAGUACUAUCUGGCAGCAUUUGGUAAAAUGCCAUCAUGGUAUGAGUCUGGAAGCAAAUGCGGUCGGACAAUACUGGCAUUCGCUGCUGAGAAAGGACACGAAAAUAUAGUCAAGCUGCUGCUUGAAACAAUUCAUCCAGAUAUAAAGGAUGGGAAGGUUGGUCGAACGCCGCUAUUUUUUGCUGCUGAGCAUGGGCAUGAAGCCAUUGUGAAGCUGUUACUUGCCACUGGUCAGGUUAACACUGAAUCGAAGGAUGAAUCUGGAGAGACGCUUUUAUGCUGGGCUGCUAGAGAAGGGCAUGAGUCUGUUGUCAAAUUGUUACUCUCGAUUGGCCAGAUUGAAGUUAACUCGAAGGACGGAUCAGAUCGGACGCCAUUAUGCUGGGCUGCUAUUAACGGGCAUAAGUCUGUUAUCAAAUUGUUACUCUCAAUUGACCAGAUUGAAGUUAACUCGAAGGACGAAUUUGAUCGGACGCCACUAUGCUGGGCUGCUAGAGAAGGGCAUGAAUCUGUUAUCAAAUUGUUACUCUCGAUUCGCCAGAUUGAAGUUAACUCGAAAGACGGAUUUGAUCAGACGCCACUAUGCUUGGCUGCUAGAGAAGGGCAUGAAUCUGUUGUCAAAUUGUUACUCUCAAUUGACCAGAUUAAAGUUGACUCGAAGGACAGAUUUGAGCGAACACCGCUAUAUUAUGCUAAUAUGAACAAGCAUGUGUCUGUUGUUAAGCUGUUAGAGGACCACGCUAAAGAUCAUACUACUUAGUAAUAUAAUAGAUUAAGGGAAUCUAUCUGAUUGGUUUGAGAAGCUAAUAAAUACAAUAACUAAAAUCGAGCACUUUCCUAUGUCUCUGCCAUGAAUAUAUAAUAUAGAACAACAAGUGUAAAGAAGCUUGAAUAAAGACAUCGGCUAAUAAAUCAACUAAACGCUCACACAUACGGUGACAUACUAUUAUAGUGAAUCAGAAGAUAUUAAUAAUUUGUAAGGUUGACUUCUAUAACUGGAGUAAGAGCGAAUCCAAAUCGAACCAUUGAUCAGCUUUUCUGGCGGGUUUUACAUUCAAAAUCGAUGUUGGGAGUGGAUGGACA